CAGCUUCUCCAUCCCUCAGACCAUCCUAAUACCAACUUCUUAUGCAUUUACAUGUUGUUUUCAAAUUUUCUUCUUUUUCUCAUCAGUACUCUAGUCUCCAGACGUUCUUGGCCUUCUGUUUUUCCCUGGGUACCCAUUCUGGGGUUACACAGAAAAUGAAUAAUCUUUUGACGGACACCAAUAUAUGCAAAGAGUAAAAGCUUUGCACCCUGUCCUCAUAAAGGGCAGGCUUUAAGAACUCUAAUGCGUCCAGAAACUUUCAAACAACUUGCAAAGGAAGUUGGUAUAUAAGCCCUGUGGUCAUACAGUCAGAAGGAAGAGGCUCUUGGAUUCAUGAAAUGGCAAAUUCCUUUAAUUCUAGUCCCCAAGAAGAACUUAAUAGAGGAGGAAUAAAAUUUUGCACGGGGAAGGGGGGUUACAGGUAACAAGUGCCUUUCUCCCCUUCUUUUUAAGUAGGUUAACACAGAGCUUGUUUAAACAAACAAACGUACAACAAAAAGCAAAAGUCAAAUAAUUCAAAAUAAAGUACAAAAAAUCACAUUAAAGGAGACCCAUAGCAACACUUUAUAUGCCCAUCCCUCCAAUCCUAAAUUCUCUUGAGUUCUAUAACUGCUCCAGACUCUUUCCCAUAAUCGACAUAAUUUUUUCCCAGCACUUUGCACUGUGCAGCUUGACUUAACUUCUCAGGCUAAGUGCUCCCACCUUAUUGCUGCAGUCCCCAGGUUUGCACGGUGUCUCUUCCUUGGAGAGAUUGGGGCGACAGAAGAUUUGAGAAAUAGGGGUAAGAAAUUUUCAAUCUCACUUUAAUAAAGCCUGUCCUGAUCAGUCCAAAACCACCCUUGGCUUAGCUCAGGUGAUGCUUCUUUGGGGAAGGAGUAGUUGGGAGGUUUGACUCAUUUCCUCAGUCUCAGAACCAAAAAUUAAACCCCAAGGUUUAAAUUCAAACUCUGAAGUAUCCUUCCCUCUUUCCUGUUUUUCAUCUUGCUUAGAUGCUAUUUGGAGGAACAGUGACUUUAUAUACUAAAACAAAAUACAGUGUGAUAGUGUUCUGCGAUAUAUAUUAGUCAAAGGCUAUUGGAGCUCUGAGAAGGGAGUAAUUUAUAUUGCCCGUGGAAUAAGGGAGGCUUCAAGAACGUGGGGUCCUUGAAGCUGCAUUUUGGAUAUGUGGAAGUUCAUGCAAUCCUCAGGGAAUAAUGUCUCCUCCAAAAUUGAGUGUGGAGUGAAUGGAGAAGAGUAGCAGAAAAGGCAGGCCAUUAUAAAGGACCUUAAAUUCCUUGCUAAGAAAAUUGGAAUGAUUAGUAUAGGUAAACAAACAAACAAAUCCAACCAGGAGAAUCUCAUUUAGAUGCUUUUUAGAUGACUUUUCAGCAGUGUGGAAGAUAGACUUGAGAAUCACAACUAAGGUUAUGUUUGUUUUUUGGGUUUUUUCAUACCUGACCCUGUGGGCCUAUAGAUACGGGUGUUAUAAGGUCAGGUGAGAGGCAGCGGGGGAGUUUCUCAAUGUGAGACUUCCUAUUGUGGAAUGACUUCAAUAUGUGGAAGGAUGACAAGGGAUUAAACCAGAGUAUUUCCAUGGCACUAGAGGCAGGGACAGAUGAGAAGAUCUCAAGGAUAACAUGGGAAAUGUUACUCCAUGUCACCUGUAUUUUAUACUAUUAUGUCAGCUCAAAUAGCACGUGGUAGGUGAGGCUUUCUCACUCACCCUGGCAAAUGGCACGUGGGGGCUGGUUCCUGAGCAACUGUUGCACUUAAGGCACAGGCUCAUUUGUUUGCCCACUAAACUACCAGCUUCUUUAAGGCAGGGAUUAUAUCUUUUCGUCUCUGUUUUCCUCACACCUUCUAAUGACCUGCAAAAAUGUGUGCUGGAGGGUUGCAAAAUGAGUGGAAAACAGACAUUCAUAAAUGGCUGAACAUUACAGGCUAUCUAGUAGUUAAAGCACUAGCAUUAAAGGUUCAGUGAUAUCCAGGGACUGCACCGAUUGCCAUUCGACCUACCCUUUCGUGGUGACUUAUUUCUAAAUCUUAAUUAUUAAGCUGGAGAACUCCCCAUCCCACAAAUAGCCAAGAGUACCAGAAGCUGCAAUACUAGCUCCAAAGUAACUUUUUUUUUUCUUAGCUGAUUUUAUAGAGCGGCUAUGUACUAGGGAACGUCAGAAGACGGUGGCCAAGACCCAGAACGUGGGAGGUAUCUGUUUCCACAUCAUUUGAUGAGGACUACAAAUACGGCUUCAAUCCCGAAGUCCCGACUACAAACCAAUGUCCCGGAACCAAAUGGCCGACACACGAAUUUCCCCCCGGACGCGCGAGUGUGUUACGCGCAUCUAUUGCUUUUGCCUGGCGGACGCCGAUCGGGAGAGGACCAGCACCGAGAGGCCAAGGAAAGGAGGCGAGUCAAGGACUUCCUCCUGGGGCGGGAGCUUGGAUUCGGGAGGCCGCGUUAGGGCUGUCGGACUAGGCGUCCGCACGCGUGGGAAAGUUCAGUCAUGUCUGUACAUUCGGUGAUGCGCACCCUGCGCAAGAACAAGACGCUUCGCUAUGGAGUCCCCAUGCUGUUGCUGAUUGUUGGAGGUUCUUUUGGUCUUCGUGAGUUUUCACAAAUCCGCUAUGAUGCUGUGAAAAUUAAAAUUGAUCCUGAAUUAGAAAAAAAACUGAAAAUGAAUAAAAUAUCAUUGGAAUCCGAGUAUGAGAAAAUAAAGGACUCCGCUUUUGACGACUGGAAGAAUAUUCGAGGACCCAGGCCUUGGGAAGAUCCUGACCUCCUCCAAGGACGAAAUCCAGAAAUUCUUAAGACUAAGACAACUUGACUCAGUUGAUUCUUUUCUUUUCUUUUUCUUUUGUUUUUUUUUU